CAACCUUGAAUGCUGUACAAGGAAAUCUCCCUUACAUAGUGUAGUAUCGUGAACUGAGGACUGCUAUCUUACAGUCGAGGAUUAUGAGUGCUAAUGGUUAAGAACACUCCUUGUCAAUAGUGUACGUGAAAGAAGUAUUGGAAUUAAAAAUGCCUCCUCCUUCAGAUAUCGUGAAGGUGGCGAUUGAAUGGCCAGGAGCUUUCCCUCGACUUAUGGAAAUAGAUCAAAAAAAGCCAUUAUCUUCAAUAAUUAAAGAAGUCAGUGAUGGCUGGUCUAUCCAGAGUCAUGAAAACUACGCACUUCAGCAUGCCGAUGGGUCUGGUUUUUAUAUUACAGAAAAAAACCGCAAUGAGAUAAAAAAUGGAGCAAUUCUGAGGUUAACGGCAUCCCCAGCCCACAAUGCUCUACAAUUACAUGAGCGGAUCCAGUCCUCCAGCAUGGAUUCCAAGUUAGAAGCACUAAAGGAUUUGGCAAAAUUCUCUCGAGACGUUACGUUUGCCCAGGAGUUCAUAAACCUGGAUGGAAUCUUCCUGCUCACACAGAUGGUGGAAAGUGGCACAGAUAAAUACCAGAAAUUACAGAAGAUAAUGAAACCAUGUUUUGGAGAAAUGUUGUCUUUUACAUUAACGGCGUUUGUUGAACUGAUGGAUCACGGAAUUGUGUCGUGGGAUACCUUCUCUGUACCAUUUAUUAAAAAGAUUGCAAGCUUUGUCAGCAAAUCGGCAAUGGAUGUCUCCAUUUUGCAAAGAUCGCUAGCUAUCCUCGAAUCAAUGGUUCUGAACAGCCAUGAUCUGUAUCAAAAGGUUGCCCAGGAGAUUACUAUUGGACAGCUAAUCCCACACCUUCAAGGGACAGAUCAAGAAAUCCAGACCUAUUCAAUUGCUGUGAUCAACGCACUGUUCCUGAAAGCCCCAGAUGAUAAGAGACAGCAUUACGUAGAGGACAGUAUUGACAUCCUUGACUUUCCUCUCAGUGAAAUGGCAAAUAUAUUGGCUCAAAAACAGCUCCGCUUUAUCAUUUUAACUCAUGUAAUCAGAUCACAGAAGGGCAUCAAUAAUGAGAUGGCACAUCAGUUGUAUGUGUUACAAGUACUGACCUUCAAUCUUUUGGAAGAUCGAAUGAUGACAAAAAUGGAUCCCCAAGAUCAGGCACAGAGAGAUAUUAUAUUUGAAUUACGUCGGAUCGCCUUUGAUGUUGAACCUGAACAAAACAACAUUGGUGGCAGCAUUGAGAAAAGAAAAUCUAUGUACACUAGGGAUUAUAAAAAGCUUGGAUUCACAAAUAAUGUCAAUCCUGCCCUGGAUUUUACCCACACACCCCCUGGAAUGCUGGCUCUAGAUAACAUGCUGUAUUUUGCCAAACAUCACCAAGAUGCGUACAUCAGGAUUGUCUUGGAAAACAGCAGCCGGGAAGACAAACACGAGUGCCCUUUUGGUCGGAGUAGUAUUGAACUCACCAAGAUGCUCUGUGAGAUUCUCAAAGUUGGAGAACUGCCUAGUGAAACCUGCAAUGACUUUCACCCGAUGUUCUUCACUCAUGAUCGAGCCUUUGAGGAGUUCUUUUGUAUUUGCAUCCAGCUGUUGAAUAAAACCUGGAAGGAAAUGAGGGCAACUUUUGAAGACUUCAAUAAGGUCAUGCAAGUUGUAAAGGAGCAAAUCAUGAGGGCACUCACAAACAAGCCCAAUUCUCUGGACCAGUUUAAAUGUAGACUUCAAAACUUGAGUUACACAGAAAUCUUGAAAAUUCGUCAGUCAGAGAGAAUGAAUCAGGAAGAUUUCCAGUCUCGACCGAUCUUGGAGUUAAAGGAAAAGAUUCAGCCAGAAAUCCUGGAACUCAUCAAACAGCAGAGACUUAAUCGCCUAGUUGAAGGAACAUGCUUUAGGAAACUAAAUAGCCGAAGACGGCAAGAUAAGUUUUGGUAUUGCCGACUAUCUCCUAAUCACAAGGUUCUACACUAUGGUGACAUUGAGGAGAGCCCCCAAGGAGAAGUACCGCAUGAUUCAUUGCAAGAAAAAUUGCCCAUAGCAGACAUAAAAGCAAUAGUGACUGGGAAGGACUGCCCACACAUGAAGGAAAAAGGAGGCAAACAGAACAAGGAAGUUCUUGAGUUGGCAUUUUCAAUUCUGUAUGAGUCCAACUGCCAAUUAAAUUUCAUCGCUCCAGACAAACAUGAGUACUGUAUCUGGACUGAUGGCUUAAAUGCCCUGCUUGGGAAAGAUAUGAUUAGCGAUCUAACAAGAAAUGACUUGGACACAUUGCUGAGCAUGGAGAUUAAACUUCGUCUUCUGGAUCUGGAAAACAUACAAAUCCCUGAUGUGCCUCCCCCCAUUCCUAAGGAGCCUAGCAACUACGAUUUUGUUUAUGAUUGCAACUGAGAUCAUUCACCUCCGACUCCUGUUUCAAUUGGAAUUCCUAACUGGAGAAAAUUAAUAUAAAAAAAAAAAAAAAAUGAAAAAACCCAAAAGAUAACGAUGCAUUGCUCUUAAUUUAACAUUCGGUGCUCCACUUACCUCGAAUGGAGCCUUUUUUCUUAACAUAUCAGCUAAUUUUGCAUUUGCAUGAUGCAUUGGACAUACACUGAUGACUUGUGUGCUGAAGAAGCAAACCCUUUUCACUAGACGUUCCCUAAACUUGCUGUUAAUAUUACUAACAUUAUCAACUGAAAUCUCAUCAGACAUGUAAUGAGCUCCGUAUGAAGAGUUUUGAUUUGGGCAAUAAUUAUUGGGUCGAGGAAAUGAAUAGACUUUACAGUCGAUGCUGCUGCUUCUUGUCCUGACUUGAUGCCUAAAAGGAGCUAGACGCAGCAACUAAUGUUAAAAAAGUAACUGCUUAAUGGCUUUGCGUAAUUAUUUUUGUCCUCAAUGGCCCUUUUCUUGACUGCAGCGUGGAAGUCCACUUUCCUCAAAAUAAAUCCAGGGGAUGACCUAACUUGAAUCAGUACGGAUAUUGUAUUAGCAUCUUAAAGAUCACACUUUUAUGCACUGCUAAUAUGAUCAAGACUAUAUUUUGUUCUUGUGCGGUGUGUAACUAUUACACACUAAAAUAGCAAAACAUUCAAAAUCACAAACGAACAUCUUUUAAUUGAAGUUUGUUCCUGCACAUACUAACCAGUGUUUCAUCAUGACAAGUAAAAUAAUCUAUCGUGCUACAGACAUGCUACUAUUAAUGGCAAUACUGAACAUGUCCACACCCUUCCAGCCUUUCAGAAAUUUAAAAUGCACAAUGAAUUGUUCAUGUCUUUUCAAUGUCUUCUAGCAGUUGUUACAAAUAGCGAUCACAAUCUUUCUGCCACGUCAUACCACCAAAAUUACCAUAUAUCUAUUUGCAAGGUUUUUUCAUUUAUGAUUAGAGUGAACAUACCCCGAAUCUUCUCAGCAGAUCGUACUGGGAUCUUGCUCUGUGUAGGCUUCCUAUAAAGAGUGUUCUCUGGAAAAAACCCAACCCCCAACUACCAUUGGUUCGACAUGAUCACAUCUGUGGUCUGAGAUUCGUGCAGAUUUAGGGAACAAUUGACUUACAAUAACGAAGUCCUCUGCCAUAUUUGGUUUGACUCAGGAUCAAAUCUUGUGUUUAAGUCCUAAUAAAGAACAUAUUCAGUAUUUCACUUCUAUAGUUGACAUACAGAAAGCAUCAUCAGUAGGAAGCAAUGUCAUCCCCUGGCUUUCCAUGACCAUAACUGUCAGACUAUGACAGCAGUACUGGUCAUUCACAGAGGGUAUACCUUAAUCUGAACUCUAGAACACAGUGAGUCUAAAUCAAAGUGACAAACAAUGAUGAACUGAGUUCAACAGCACAUACAUGUCACCUGAUUUUGGAUUCUUCUUUCAAUUCGCAAGUUUGCUGUUCAGUUGAGUACAUUGUUUACCUUAUCAGUUUUCUAUUAUAUUUAUUUAAUAUAUGCAGAAGGAAUUGAGAAUAUUUCAUCUAAUAUCAUGAAAAGGAUGUACAUAUUUAUAUCAAUUCAUAAUAAACAGUAUGUGCUUUUCU